CAUAAGUUCUCUAAUUAUUCUCUCAUCUAAUAACUUAUCUAUUUUAGAUAGUAUUCCAACCACUUUUCUCAGUUAUUGUCCACACAUCUUUUUCAUUUUAUUGACUAUGAGUAUGAUUCAUCUACUAUCCUUCCCUCAAAUCCUAUUUUUGCACGAAUAUACCUGAUUGAGAAGUAAGACUAAGACUUAUACCAGUUAUGAGUGGUGCAAAUCUCUAUGAUUGAGUAGCAAUAUAAGGACCAUUGCUCAAGUUAGCCUAUCUUGUGGGGUCCCAAAAUCCAAGUUAAUUUGAUACAAACCAUGCAAACUCCCUUGUAUUUUUUUCUCAUUGCCUAUCAUCCACUAUCACCCUACUUCUUCACACUUCAUACGUCACUCUUCAUUCUUUCUUCUAUAUCAAAUCUAUUCUCUACUCUUAUAACCUAAAUCCCCUUUCCAUUUUACUCAAUUUCCUCCAUUGAAAUUCAUAUUACCUAAAUUCUUUUCCCCCAUUUAUCUUACUUUUAUAGUUAAUAUAUAAUAUAUUUAUUUGUAAUUAAUACUUGCAAUUAAUAAUAAUAUUUUUUUUCCAAUAAAUUAAUUAGUUACCUUCUUGUGAUCUGCACCCUUUAUCAUUUUCCCCAUUAAAAAUGUUAUCUUUAUUUUAAUACCCCAUUUUAAUAUUUGUAUUUUCAGAAUUACAGAUCCCAAUUUUUAGGUCAUUCACAAAUUUGUAUAAAAUUUAACGGUCAGCAACUACCUACCGUUCUACUCCAAUCCCCAAUACAAACACAACAUGAUGCAGUCUCUUUCCUGUUCUUACUCAAUCAGUCGAGCCUUGUUGUUAUAUAGCAAUAAUAGUGGAAGUACUAGUAAUAGUACCCAAUUACCUAGACCCACAAAUUUCAAAAAGAAUUACCUUUUUAGGGAUCUGGGUCAGAUUAUUUGUCAAUUUCACGAAAAGGGUCAUCUUAAUUUCGUCGCUGGUGACCGGAAAAUGAGGAAUUUGACGACACAAAAUCAUCUUAGACAUGUUGAAUCUUUGCCGAUUUUUCCUUCUGGGGCUGGGAAAUUAGCCCAUUUGAAUGCUGUUAUUCUUGGGGAAGCUCUUGCUUCUGAGGAAAAUGAAAUGGUUUUUCCUAGCCAGGAAUUUUCCAACAAUGCACUUGUUUCUAAUCCUGAUAAGUAUUUGGAGAUGUAUAAGAGAUCAGUAGAGGAUCCAGCAGGGUUUUGGGGAGAUAUUGCUGAAGAGUUUUAUUGGAAGAAGAAAUGGGGAGGGCAAGUUUGCUCUGAGAAUUUGGAUGUGAGAAAUGGAAGUAUUAACAUUGAGUGGUUCAAAGGUGGGAUGACCAACAUAUGUUACAACUGUUUGGAUAGAAAUGUUGAGAUGGGGAAUGGUGACAAAGUUGCAUUGUAUUGGGAAGGGAAUGAUCCUGGUUUUGAUGACAAAUUGACUUUCAGUCAGUUGUUGGAGAAAGUUUGUCAGCUAGCAAAUUACUUGAAAGAUGUCGGUGUCAAGAAGGGUGAUGCUGUUAUUAUCUAUCUGCCUAUGCUAAUGGAACUUCCAAUUGCAAUGCUUGCGUGUGCUCGAAUUGGUGCUAUUCACUCGGUUGUCUUUGCCGGUUUCUCUGCCGAAUCACUUGCACAACGGAUCAUAGAUUGCAAGCCAAAGGUUGUUCUUACUUGCAAUGCUGUUAAAAGAGGAGCAAAGGUUAUUGGACUCAAAGCCAUUGUUGAUGCGGCUCUUGCUGAAUCAGAUACGGAAGGCGUUUCUGUAGAUGUAUGUUUAACAUAUGAAAACCAGUCAGCCUUGAAAAAAGAGAACACUAAAUGGAAGGAAGGAAGAGAUAUUUGGUGGCAGGAUGUCGUGCCAAAAUACCCGAGUACUUGUGAUGUUGAAUGGGUUGACGCAGAGGAUCCUCUAUUCUUGCUUUACACUAGUGGAAGCACAGGAAAGCCCAAGGGUGUCGUCCACACUACUGGAGGAUACAUGGUGUACACCGCGACAACAUUCAAGUACGCCUUUGACUAUAAGCCGUCCGAUGUGUACUGGUGCACGGCUGACUGUGGUUGGAUUACUGGACAUAGUUAUGUCACAUACGGCCCUUUGCUCAAUGGAGCUACUUGUCUUGUGUUUGAAGGGGCUCCAACUUAUCCAGAUGCUGGCCGCUGUUGGGACAUUGUUGAUAAAUACAAAGUGUCAAUAUUCUAUACUGCUCCUACACUGAUCAGAUCUCUCAUGCGUGAGGGUACCGAGCCCGUUACUCGUUACUCACGCAAAUCACUAAGGGUUCUGGGAAGUGUGGGUGAGCCGAUCAAUCCUAGUGCAUGGAGGUGGUUUUUCAAUGUCAUUGGUGAAUCGAGGUGUCCCAUCUCUGACACUUGGUGGCAGACCGAAACUGGUGGAUUUAUGAUUACUCCUUUGCCGGGUGCCUGGGCGCAGAAGCCAGGUUCCGCCACUUAUCCUUUUUUCGGAGUUCAGCCCGCCAUUGUAGAUGAGAAGGGCAAUGAGUUAGAAGGUGAGUGUAGCGGGUAUUUGUGUAUGAAGCACUCAUGGCCUUCAGCCUUUCGAACUCUAUAUGGUGAUCAUGAACGAUAUGAAACAACGUAUUUUAAGCCAUUUCCCGGUUAUUAUUUUACCGGUGAUGGCUGCAGUAGGGAUAAAGAUGGUUAUUACUGGCUCACUGGAAGAGUGGACGAUGUCAUCAACGUGAGUGGUCAUCGUAUUGGCACAGCCGAAGUGGAAUCUGCUCUAGUUUCACAUCCUCAAUGUGCUGAAGCCGCUGUGGUUGGAGUCGAGCAUGAGGUCAAAGGGCAGGGUAUUUAUGCAUUUGUUACCUUGGUCGAGGGUGUUCCGUACAGUGAUGAUCUUCGUAAAAGCCUUAUUAUGACUGUCCGAAGUCAGAUUGGUGCUUUUGCAGCUCCGGACAAGAUUCACUGGGCGCCAGGCCUCCCUAAAACAAGAAGCGGAAAGAUAAUGAGGAGGAUUUUGAGAAAGAUUGCCUCAAGACAACUAGAUGAGCUUGGAGACACCAGCACUCUGGCCGAACCUGCUGUUGUAGAUCAGCUUAUAGCCCUUGCCGAUAAGUAAAACUUUCUAAUCUGGAGGUGUGCUUAGGUGAAACAAACAUUCUCUUUCGUCAUGGCUACGUUUCUGCCAAUGUGCGAGACUAGAUAUCUCGACGGAAGUUGUGUGCAAAUUAAUUGCUCGUUUGGUAGUCGUGAAACAUAGAUGUUGUUCCAUGUUGUUUCGAGUUUUCGAAUGACUGAUUCGAUAUUGUUGUAAUCAUCGUUUGUCGUGUUAGAUCUGCCUUUUUUUUGUAGAUUGAAAGUAGUUAGAAACUGAUUUUUUGAAAGUGUGUAGUGCAGUCCUAAAUAUGGAUUGUAUUACAGUUGAGUUGACAAUAUAUUUUUUAACUAAAUUGGUGUA